UGCCUGUACAGUUAUUAACAAUGAAAAAAGUGUAAAUAAAAAAAUCUCUAUCCGUUUUAUUUGUAAUAAAUACAAAAUUGAUAAUCAUAGUGACAUCUCUGAUCUUCAAAGCGAACUGUCUAGUGAUAAUGAUGGAAAAACAGUUUGCUUUUAAUGAAAAGCUUAAUGAUACUAUUCAAGGCUUAAGGGAUGACAUUCUGGAGAACUCAAACAGAAUUUCACAUCUUGAAUUUGAUUCGACCAACUCAACGAAAGAACUUCAAGAUGCAAAAAAAAGAUCUACUGAAUUGGAAGCUAAAGUUUGAUUUCUUGAGCGUGACUUAAGCAUGCAUGAACAACUAAGCCUUCAAACUUCAUUAGAGAUUGAUGGACUUCCUUUUAAGGAUACUGAAAAUCUCACUUCACUAUUCUGUGAUGUUUCUAAAGCAUUAGGUGUUAACAUUAAGGAUGAGGAUAUUUCUAAUAUCUAUAGAGUGAAAAGAGACUUUAAUCAACCUAACCAUCAACAAGCUCCUAUUAUUCGAGUUAAACUUACCCGGCAAAAUUUGAGAGAUUCGGUUCUGGAACAUCGUAAACGAUUAUCUGUCUUUUCUACUGUGAAUAUUGGGUGGGCGCAGAAGGAAAAAUGUCCAAUUUACAUCAGGGAAAUUCUGUCUGCAACGAAUCGGAGGAUAUUUGCCGGUGCUCUAUCAUUAAGAAAAAUGGGCAAGAUAAAGUAUCUAUGGGUCGCCGGAGGAAAAAUUUUUUGUCGAAAAGAGGAUGGAACACCUAGAAUGCAGUUGUCCAGUUUACAGGAUGCCAACAAGUUUCAAUAGCAACUAAGGAAUGAGUGUUGCACUAAUUUUCUUUUAUACCUAUAUAAAAGUAGGG